AUGCCGGCGGCCCUGCUUCCAGAACCGAAGCAGCUCCAGGCCGAUGGCGGAGGCAUGGGCCCUGCCUGCGCCAACCUUCAGCCUCUGCCACUGGGGCCUGUCGGGCGCUGCACUCCAAGCUCCAGCAACGUGACUGCCUGGUCAGAGGUAGACGUGAACUUGAACACGGAUUACAGCCCGAGAGAACCUUCCGGCGGGUCGGCAAAGCCGGAAAGCCGUAGAGCCAUAGUGCUCAUGGCAUCAAGCUUGUGCCGGUCCGUUCUGAUCACCACAGCCAAAGCAGCAAGCCUCCAAAAGACGCUGAUCUGA